GUGUCACCCUCAGCUGAGAACAAUUUCACUUUGGUCGCUUUCCGGCACUCUCCGUUUCCUGACCUUGUCCAGUAGAAGGCUAUUUUAUUUUUACAACUACUCAAGUUUUGACAUUCAAGAUGAAGCAAGAUGCCGCAAGAAAUGCUGCGUACGCUGUGGAUUGUGAAGAUUAUGUGCAUGUGGUAGAAUUUAAUCCCUUUGAGAGUGGGGAUUCAGGAAACCUAAUUGCAUAUGGUGGCAAUAAUUACGUGGUCGUUGGCACAUGUACAUUUCAGGAGGAAGAGGCAGACAUUGAAGGAAUUCGGUAUAAAACACUGCGAACAUUUCACCAUGGAGUCAGGGUCGAUGGCAUAGCUUGGAGCCCAGAGACUAGACUUGAUUCAUUGCCUCCAGUAAUCAAAUUUUGUACUUCAGCUGCUGAUAUGAAAAUUAGAUUAUUUACUUCAGAUCUUCAAGAUAAAAAUGAAUAUAAGGUUUUAGAGGGUCAUUCAGAUUUCAUUAAUGGUUUGGUGUUUGAUCCCAAAGAAGGCCAAGAAAUUGCAAGUGUGAGUGAUGAUCAUACCUGCAGGUAUGGCACAAACCUGAGUUUCAAAACCAUUUCUUUUUAUUUUUCUGUCUUACAGCUGAUGGUUGCAGAGAAGAAUGGAACAAUCCGAUUUUAUGAUCUUUUGGCCCAACAGGCUAUUUUGUCUCUUGAAUCAGAACAAAUGCCAUUAAUGUCAGCACACUGGUGCUUAAAAAACACCUUCAAAGUUGGAGCUGUUGCAGGAAAUGAUUGGUUAAUUUGGGAUAUUACUAGGUCCAGUUAUCCUCAAGAUAAGAGACCUGUUCACAUGGAUCGAGCCUACUUAUUCAGAUGGUCCACAAUUAAUGAAAACUUGUUUGCAACCACUGGUUAUCCUGGCAAAAUGGCAAGCCAGUUUCAAAUUCAUCAUUUAGGACACCCUCAGGUAAUGUGGAACUGUUUUGUGGCAUAUGCGGUUUUCUUAAUUUGUGUGCUUGACUUUUCCACCCACAGCCCCCAAAUUU